AAAUAUUGAAAUGUCAGGUUCCACGCCAUUUAAGAUGAGAUUAGUUCAUUUAGACCUUAAAGGAGCUCCACCAAAGGUCUCAUACCUCUCAGAGGUAAGGACUCCCUUUCACCUCUAGAGCAUCACUUUUUGCCUUGUCUUCAUUCUUUAAAGUUUUGAGCAGUGUUCUGUGGAAAUCGGUGCCUAGAACACAACCGCAAGGUUCUUGGUGGAGGAAGAUGGUGGCAGCGGCAUUGAUUUUGAAUUUCCCCCAUAGCCUCUCACAAAAACGGAACAACCAGGAUGACAAAAAAAAAAAAAAAAGAGGACAAAAGAAACUCACAGCUUCUUUCUUGUGGGUGGAAGUGUGUCUUUCCAAAAAGAUGUGUUCAAGUCUUAACCCUUGGGACCUGUGAAUGAGACUUUAUUUGGAAAUAGGAUCUUUGCAGAUGUAAUCAAAAUAAGAUGAAGUUGUACUAGAAUAUGGUGAACCCUAAUCCAGUGAUUGGCAUCCUUACGAGGAGAGGGAAAUUUAGAAGCUGAGACACACACGGAGGGAAGGCAGUGUGAAGACCCAGGAGGACGCCCCACAGUGCUGGCAGCCAAGAAGGUCAUGAUGCGCCAUGAACCCCGAGAUGCCAGGGAUAGUUGACGAUCACCAGAAGCUAUUGAGAAGCAAGGAAGGGUCCUCCUCUGCAGCCUUCAGGGAGAGCUGGGUCUGCUGACACCUCGAUUUUGGAUUUAGGGUCUUCAGAACUAUUUUUCCUCUGUUUCGUGGGCUAGGUGCAAACGGCCUCCUCAUUGAGUAUGAAGACAUGUUUCCCUACGAGGGCUCUCUGAGGCUGCUGAGGGCCAAGUACGCCUACAGCCCCUCUGAAAUCAAAGAAAUCCUGCAUCUGGCUGGACUCAAUGAGCUGGAGGUGAUUCCCUUGGUGCAGACAUUUGGACACAUGGAGUUCGUGCUGAAGCAUGCGGCCUUCGCCCACCUGCGGGAGGUGGGCCCCUUCCCCUGCACCCUGAACCCCCACGAGGCGGAGUCCCUGGCACUGGUGGGCGCCAUGAUCGACCAGGUCCUGGAGCUGCACCCAGGCGCCCGAUGGCUGCACGUUGGGUGUGACGAGGUCUAUUACCUCGGAGAGGGGGAGGCCUCGCGCCGGUGGCUGCAGCAAGAGCAGAACAGCACAGGGAAGUUGUGCCUGUCACACAUGCGGGCAGUGGCCAGCCACAUGCAGACCCGGCGCCCCAGCGUGACACCCCUGGUGUGGGACGACAUGCUCCGAGACCUGCCUGAGGACCAGCUCGCAGCAUCCGGGGUGCCGCAGCUGGUGGAGCCGGUGCUCUGGGACUACGCGGCCGACCUGGAUGUGCACGGCAAGGUCCUCCUCAUGCAGAAGUACUGGCGGUGCGGCUUUUCGCGGCUGUGGGCAGCCAGUGCCUUCAAGGGUGCCACAGGGCCCAGCCAGGCCGUGCCCCCCAUUAAGCACCACCUCAGGAACCAUGUGCAGUGGCUGCAGGUGGCAGGCAGCAGGCCCACGGACUCACUGCAGGGCAUCAUCCUGACCGGCUGGCAGAGGUACGACCACUUCUCUGUGCUGUGCGAGCUGCUCCCUGCAGGAGUCCCGUCCCUGGCCGCCUGUCUACAGUUGCUUCUACACGGAGGAUUUGAUGGAGAUGCUAAAGCGAAAGUGGAGAACCUUCUUGGGAUUUCCAACCUGGAGAUGAUGGACCCUGUUAGGCAAGCACCCUGCAGCCCUCCCCAUCCCAUUUCACCCCUCCCCGUCCUUCUCUCCCCUUCCCCCGCCUGUGGAGACAGCUGUUCUCAGCAGGGCUUUCUGCAGGGAGGGGGCCGGCUCUUUCCCUGGCAGCAACAUCCUUGCCCUUGUCACACAAGUCAGCCUCCAUCUGCGCAGCUCUGUGGACGCGCUGCUGGAGGGCAACACGUACAUCACCGGCUGGUUCAGCCCCUACCACCGCCGGCGGAAGCUCAUCCACCCGGUCAUGGUUCAGCACAUCCAGCCCGCAGCACUCAGCCUCCUGGCGCAGUGGAGCACCCUCGUACAGGAGCUGGAGGUCGCCCUGCAGCUGGCUUUCUACCCGGAUGCCGUGGAGGAGUGGCUGGAGGAGAACGUGCACCCCAGCCUGCAGCGGCUGCGAGCUCUACUGCAGGACCUCAGCGAGGUGGCCACCCCCCCACCCCCACCCACCAGCCCUGGCAGGGACGCUGCUCAGGACCCCUGAGGGGAGAGCUUGUGCCAGGAGGCUCCUGCUAUGGGCAGGGGUGCUCUGCGCUGCCAACUGUCAGCCAGGGCAACAGGGGCCCACGUGAGUGUUGUACCCUGUGGCCCAGCAGUGUCUGGCCCACACUCAGUUCCUGAGCGCCCUGGGCAACCCCUGGGGGAGAGACUAGAAAACACAGAAAGCAGCAGCACAGGGAGACCCGCUUUGUGACACUGACUCUUUGGAAAUAAAGAGUGGAAGCCGCGGGUGA